UCGGGCUGACAGGGGAGGCAGCUGAAAUGUGGUGGAACAGGUCUGAUGGGAACUGCUCUCUGUGUGACUGACAGGCUGACAGGCAGGUGCUCUUGUGAGGAAGGACUUCAGUAAUGACAUAUGUGUUGUUCUGAACUUGAAGGCACUUUCUUCAGGAGAGAGAAGCAGUGGACAGCAGCAGCGGCUCUAGUGAAAACAAAGUGGAAUUUCCCGUGUCUUGGACUUGUGGAGUUUGGGGCUGAUGACCGCUCUGAAGGCUUGACUCAGGAAGGAGAGUGAGAGAGGGGAGAGGAAAGGGUGGGAGGGUCCCCUGCCAGAGGAAGAGAAGCAAAGAGUGGACACAACAAGAGACAUGCUUCGCUACGGAUCAGGGCGAACUGUUUCCAGCACCACAACCACAACCGAGGAUUCUCCUGAGGCUGAGAGGAAAUUCAGGCGGCUCAGGUUAACCCUCCAUGCAGGAGAAAAUGGAAGUGCAAACCUGUCUGAGAAGAACAAAGAUGCAAAGGAGACGUGGAAGAAGAAGAAUGGGCUGAUCCAUAGAGAGAGGCCGGCUGGCAGGGAGUCGCCUCAGCAGCAGCUCACAGACGAGGCAAAUGGGGUGCCCGAGUCCUCCCUGCAGCCUCAUGAGCCCAAAGUGUAUGGCGUAGUGCAGAGGACUGGCUCGGACCGCCAACAGGAAGUGAUGGCACGGGAGUGGAGCGUCAGUCACCUCCAGAAUGAGAUGAGAUACAUCAGAGAGGUAAGAGAUUCACUGGAGAAGGUGAGAGAACGCAUGUAUAGCCAGUUCGGAGGGAUGCAGCAGUCAAUGCAAAAGUUUACUCAAGAAAUUAAGACAGCCAACUCCCGAAGCAGAAGUUUAGAGGCAGAGGUGAAGAUUCGGACUGAAGGCAUGGACAGUUUUGACCAAAUGAACAGCUCACUUAUAUCAGCCAACCUCGGCCUGCAGAAAUCUCUGCUGGAAAAUUGUCAAAACAGGGUGGACCUGAGAGAGGAGGUGAAAACAUUGAGGAGCACCUUUGAAAAAAACCAAGAAAAACUGAGGGACAAAGAAAAUGAGCUAGCUCAAGCGCAGGCUGAAAACCAAAUGCUGCGGCUACAGGUGGAGUCUUCGCAGGAGGCAGGCACGCGGGCCCUUCAUGAGCUCUCAGCUAAACUACAGCGAGAGUAUGAGGAAAAACUACUUGAGCAGCAACGCAAACACAGGGAGGAGAUUGAAAACCUACAGGCACAACUUGACGAAUACAUCAGACGACUUGAGGAAGCAGAGAAAACCAUCAAAAAUGCAGAGGCUAAGAUCGCAGAGAGAGACCAGCGGAUCAUAGAAGUAGAGCGACUUCUCGGUUGUAUGGGAAAUGAAAAGAGUCAACUCCAAAAGAAACUACAGACAUGUGAGCAACGCAUUCGUUUGUUGGAGUUGUCUGACACAACAGAUUCAAAUGUAGUCCAAAAGUCCAAGCAACUGGAGAGUGAAGCUGCAGACCUUAAAGAAAGAAUCAAACAUUUAAAUGACAUGGUGUUUUGUCAGCAGAGGAAGGUCAAAGGAAUGAUAGAAGAGGUUGAAUCACUAAGAGUUCAAGUUGCCCAAAAAGACAUGUUCAUCUCAGAGCUCCUGGACAGGAUUGCCAUCGUAGAGUGUGAGAAUAAUGAAUUAGAAGACAAGCUCAAGUAUUUUAUGUCCACACAGAGUAGGCCAAGAGAGGCUUUGGAUACAAGGGAAGUUGGAGUAGACUGUGAUCUGCUCCCCAGGGGUGACCCAAAUAAACACAAUGUUGACAGCUUUUCUCCAUUUCAACCGUCACAUCCUAAUCACUCGUCAUUACCUAAUCAUCAUCCAUCACCUUUCAACCCAUCAUCACCGAGUCAACCGCUUUCACCGAUUCAGUCCAUCUCUCCCCCACUGUCCCCCCCACUGUCCCCCUCACUGUCCCCCCCACUGUCCCCUUCAUUGUCUCCUCCAUUGUCUCCCCCACUCUCCACGUCACCAACUCUGAGCCUCCCUGUCUCUCCCACCCAUUCCUCAUCCGCUGUGCCAUCUCAAUCAUCUAAAUCCUUCUUCCAGCCUGCAUCUCUCUAUCUAACAUCAACCCGACCCCAACCCAGGACAUUCAACUCCAACAAUCCUCCCCCUAGCCGUCUGGAAAGUAGUUUACUUAAGUACACUCCUGUCCAAUACAGCCGCAUCCUGGAGGCCAACCCUUCAGCGCCCAGUGGGGUACUGACUUACCCACCUUCUACCGGAGGGGACCAUCCUAUGAGCCCGAGACAGUCUGGUAGAGAUGAAGUGGACUCCUCAGAUCGCCAGGAAACAGCGUUUGGGUCAUUAUCGCCCAGUAGACGUGGAGUUUAUACACCAUUCAUGAAGCUGAUGGAGAUGACAGCAAAGAUUAACAUUGAGUGAAGGGAGCUUUUGGAAGUUUUCUAUGCUUGUUUGCACACAACAUUAUAAAAAUGUUGUAAUUUUUACAUAAUAUAUACAUAUGAUGUAAAUAGUGUCUGUAGAAUACAUAUUUGUUUACUUAAUAUAUGGGCACUUGAUCCUAAUGUUCAGAUAAAGCUAUAUUAAUACAGGUCUAAUGCAUAUUCCCCAAUAUUUUAUACUUGCUCUGUAUAAGUUAAAUCAGUAUUUUUAUUAUUGUCACACAAAAAUGAAAAUAUUUGUAUUUAAGACGCUUUGUGAUAUGAUACUGAUACUAUUUUAUGUUGGUGGAGGGAGAGCACACAUUAAGUAAAUUAACAACAGUUCUGAGCCAUUGGUGUAACUAUUACAAAUGAUUGUACUGCCACAACUGUGUUGCUUUUAAGUGCCUUUUUUACAUGUCACAAAGGAAGACUUAAACCAAGCUUACAUUUGAAAAUAAAAAUGAUAAUAAAUAUUAAGUU